UACUACUUAGUGUCUUGUGAGCAGAUGUCACUGCUAUGGCUCAGUUCGAGGAGGUUCUGGACAAAGUGAGGCUUCUUCUAACCUGGGCCUCGGCCGCUGAGGUCCACGGUCUGCUGGAGGGUUUGGUGGAGGAGCGGAUCAUCUCAGAGGCCUACAGCAAGAGCUUGAGCCUGCACGGGCUUACCGACAGGAUCGCGCUCGAAGCGGGAUCUGAUUCUCGAGGACUUAACUGGUACCAGCACCUCAACCAAGAACAGCUAGGUCAGGUGAGGAAAUGUGGGUCAAACUCUGCUGGAUCAGAGCUGGUUUUCUCAAUGGAUGAACAGAACAGCACAAAUCCACAAGUUAGUCCCCUGCUUGAAUAUCAAGUUAUUCAGGAUCAAAUAUCAAUAUCAGCUAUUCAGGAAUUGAUGGAGGGGGCCGGAAUGGACAGACACUACCUCAACCAAACGUUCUUUUCUACAACAGCAGCAUCAGAUUACAACUGCAGAAUAAAUGAUGAAGUAGCAAGACAAAUGCAGAAGCCUGUAAGUGAUAAUGAAAGAAUAAAUCAGGGGAAUUUGGAGGAUGGGGAGGAGUGGUUAGAGCAGGUAGAGGAGGCAGCUCGGAGGAUAGCUGUGCCUCUGUGGCAGCACUGGGACAGAGGAAGGAGGAUGUUGUCACCGCUGGUUCCUUGUACAACUGCUGGCUGGUCAACAAGUGAAAACACGCUCACGGACGGUGAAGCGCAAAGCUCCGCUUGGGAUAUGAAUGAGGAAAUGGAGCUUGCGGCUGCUUUGAGGACACUUGACAAGUUUACGGACAGCUUCUCUCUGGAUGCAGAAGAAGCCUCUGAGGCACCACAAGGCCUCUAUGCCUCCACACACAACUGUUGGACAACAACGGAUGAUUUUGAUGUAUUUGGAGCUGAAGGAAUCACCUCACCUGUUGAAGCCUGCGCAGCAACGGACACAAACAACAACCUCACAGACAAGCUGCAAAGUCACCUGGAUGUCUGCUGGUCAGAGGAGAGGACAAACGCAGCGGACGACUUGUUUUCUUUGACUGUAGAAGCACAAUACAAUGCAAAAUGUGGACUCUCAGACGAUAGCUUUAUGCAUUUGCUAACAAAAGACGAUCAAACUGUCAGGGAAGAUUACUCAUUUUUUUUAAGCACAGGUUGUAGCAUGGCAGUGGGGGUCACAGAUGACCUCGAAAAUGCUUCCAAGACUGGAUUCGGUACAACAACAGACAUCCAUGAGAGCAUGGACUCAACCAGGGAUGCCAAGAUGCAGGAAGUAGAUCUCUUCCCCAUGAGCCCCUCUGACUUUGGGGAUCUACCAGAUGAUCUAUCUGAAUACUUGAACGAUGAUUUGCUGGAUACAGAUGUGCUUUUUGGGGAUCCCUUGCUUACCUGUGUGGAUGAACAUGACUACUGCAGUGACAAGCCAACAGAGGUGCCCGGCCUCGACGACCUCCCACAGAGAAAGCAACCGACAGACAAACAAACCAAAACCAGGAGAAAGCGACAGAGAGCUCCCCGCACUGACGAGAGCACCAGAGCCAAAAGGCAAAAAGCAACAGGUCGAACAAAAGCCACAAAGGUACAGGCUGAGCAGACGACUGUCGUUCAAGAAGCUGACGCAGGAUCGGCGCCUCGUCCAAAAGACUCGUUGAGCGGCCUCUCCACCACUCCACCGUCACGAAUCCUUCAUCUCUAUCCGUCCCAUUCAGCGCCUUCCAUCCCCAUUCAGAUCAUCACCAUCCCGGACGCUGCAGGCUAUCAGGUCGUCCAGCUGUCCACUCCUCCUCCUGUUAUUAGGCUUCCUCUCCCCAACGCGGCUACAGCGCCUACGUACAUAUUAGUUCCUGCUACCUCGCCACCAUGCAAACGGCAACUGCCUCCACUGUCCCCAGUGGAUGGUGCAGUAGCGCCACUCCAAAUGAGUUCAUCCCCACCAGGUUCACUGUCAGACACCGCUAGCAAAGCCAUGUCUUUUCCCUGUGCCUCACCUCUCUCCCCCAGUACUGACAUGUCCCCGUGUAAGGAAUCGCCUCCUCCUCAGUCUCCUACUGUCCCUGAUAUUCCACAAGGUGUAAAUGACUACAUUCAGGAAGCCAAAGCCCACAUGAGUCACGCCUGCCAGGAUAUGGAAACGGGUCUUAGCUUGACCUCGCAUUACGUAGACGUGAAAGUGAGCCAAAGAGAGAUUCUUCGUUCUGGCAAAAACACAAACAAAUGCCUGGACAAGGAGCUGGUUAUCAUGGGAGAUACGGAUCGGCAAAAAAGCUUGCUGGGACCGAGUCAGAUCUUUGGAGGCUCAAACGGAGACAAAUCCAAAAACUACAUUUUGUUGUUUGGCACUGCUGGCUCAGGAAAAACUACUCUGAUUAAGAAGCUGUGUCUCGAUUGGUCCAGAGACUGCAUCUCCCAGUUUGACUUUGUCUUCUUAUUGGAUGGCAAACAACUCUCUUUAGCAGAGCCCACCUUCAGCCUGCAGACGGUCCUACUCAACCUCUCCUCCUUUGCUCCUCCCUGCAUGGAUCCAGAGGCGGUGUUUGCUCAAAUCCUUGCAGCCCCUAAACGUGUUCUCAUCAUUUUUGACGGGUUUCAGGAGUUGCGGGAGUAUGAGAUGCUUCUCCAGACUCAGGAAAAAGACUUGGUGACAUCACUGCUGAAAGAUAAUAAGGCCCAGACCUUCACGGUAAAGCAGUUGUACUCUGCCGUCCUUCAGAGGGUUCUGCUUCCAGGCUGCACUCUUCUGCUCUCCACCCGCCCAAGAGGCUCUGCCCUCCAGCUGCUCCGGCGCGCAGACAGCCUUCUGGAGACAUGUGGCUUCACCCCAACACAUAUAGCAACAUACUUGACCCAGUACUUCACUGACCCUGCCCUCAGAGCAUCUGCUUUGGACUGCUUGAAAAGCAGCAGCUACCUACAGCUCCUCUGCUGGAACCCCGGACUAUGUCGACUGGUGUGCUUAGUUUUAGAACAGUCCAAAAGUUUGGAGGUCUUACCAAGAACUUUAACGGGGCUCUGUCAUCAAGUGCUUUGUCUGAAAAUGGAAAAAGAGAGGGGGAACCCAUGUGUUGAAGCUCAAACACAAACACCAGUGCAAGUCAUACAAGAAAACAACACACAAAUGUCAGAUAGUUGUCAAGUGAAGAGAUGUGACAGAAAUAAUCGGACAAAGUCCAGAAAACAGCUUUCUGGCACUUCUGGCAGCAAAAGAUCAAGGAGGGCAAAAAAACAGAGAGACGAAGUGGAUGAGGACAUGAAGAGUGAUGUCGAGGGAGUAGAUAGAACAGAAAGAGAGUUGUUGUCCCAGCUGAGCUCUUUGGCCUGGGAAGGGGUCAAAUCAAACUCCUCCAUCCUUCCAACAGGACGGACUGUACCUGGCAAACUCAAGGCGUUUGGCCUCAGGACAGGACUUGUUCUGUCUCAUCACCUCAGGAAGAGGCCAUUGGUCUCAAAUGGUGAGAACGAGGGAGGAGGAAGAGAAGACAAACAUGAGAUGGAAGAAGAGAAGGAAAACAGAGAGAGGACGGACACUGAUCUUGAUGAUGAUCACAUUCUGCUGUGGGCCAACCCUUUUCUUCAGAGUUACAUGGCAGCGGUCCAUUUGUUUUUGUCAAGGACUGUAACAGACCGGAACUUUCUCCAGACCCUCCCUUUCCAAUCAGGUGGAAAGGGCCGUCGGCGACCUCAAAGGGAGGAGCUCGAGCUUGCUCAGCGAUUCAUGGUCGGCCUCCCGUUCCACAACAUUACAGAACUGCAGAGGCUUCACUUAUACUCAGAAAGAACUCUCAGAGAUGUGGCGGUCAACAGGCAGGCUUUAGUAAUAAAACACCUGGAAGAACUCUCCUACGGUGACCUGAACUCCUCCCAGGUCCUGGAGUUAUGCCACUGUGUUUAUGAAGCAAGUCACAUUAAUGAUGACGGAAGCACUGGCAGCACACGGCUGGUGACUCACCUGGCAGCCAAUCUUCCAGAGUUCCUGACAUUUCAUGGAGUUCCACUCAGUCCACCAGAUGUGUUCACGGUGCAGAACGCUGUUGAACGAGGCGGAGCUGAAGGUAGAAGCUUCUGUUUGGAUCUGGAGGACUCCGGGAUACAGAUCUGUGGACUUAGGGCUCUCGUGGGCCUUGACAACAUCAACACAUUCAGGGCAUGCAUUGCUGAUGUCGUCACCCUGUGGGAGCAGCUGGAGCAGGGAGGUGAAGCAGGGCUCCUACAAGGGGCAGUGUCCAAGUUCAAGAUCCACCCUCUGAAGGCCACACAGGUGUGUCACGUAGAGCACCUGGAAAAGCUGGUGAAGAUACACAUGCAGAAGAGGCUGUCGGACAGCUCCAGCCACUCAGAGUCCAUCCUGGCGGAGGGGGUGCCUGCAGUCCAAGAGCUGCACAAGCUGGAGUUUGAGCUCGGUCCAGAGAAAGGUCCUCUGGCUCUUCCUAUGCUAUGGGGGUUCUUGCCAGGGCUGCCCAACCUACAGCACUUGGAUCUAGAAAACUGUAAGAUCGGGGACAAAGGAGCAGAGAACCUGGCUAAUGCAUUAGUCUCCCUCUGUUCCCUGGAGAUACUAAAUCUGUCACAGAACUGCAUAGGAGAUGUGGGUGUGAAGAAGCUGACAGCUACGCUAAAGGAUCUGCCCAAACUGCACGUUUUAAGUCUUUACAGCAAUGUGAUUUCUGACGAAGGGGCAGAGAGUUUAGCAGCCGUCCUCCCACACAUGGCUUCCCUCACUGACCUUGAUGUGAAGUACAACAAGCUAACGGAUGUUGGAGCACAAAGUUUGGGAGCUAGUCUGAGAAACUGUAGUGAUAUGAAAACUUUGAGGAUGUGGAACCAGUGUAUUCCAUAUGGAGUUUUUGAGAGGCUUCAGCAGCAGGACAGUCGGAUCUUUUGGCAUUAGAAUAACUUGAAACUUAUUUUCUCCAAGCCUAUGAACUUUUUGAAAACAUGCAUCUCACAUGAACUCUGUGUGUUUACACUGCACAAUAAAUCUUCCAGGGCACGUAUGCGCAUGAGAAACUGACAAUCAGGGAGCAUUAGAAAAACAUUGCACUACAACAGAUAACUUAUUUGCUGCUUGAUCUUUGUUUCUGAGGGUGCGAACAAUACGUGUGCAGCGAACAGUAUUGCGUGUCCACACAGGUUUGUGGUGGUACUUUGUACAAAUUUAACAAGCAAAUUUGCACUAUUUGUCUGAUGUUUCAGGGUAAUCUGUGCCCGCUGUAAAUAGAUUUUAUUUUUUUUAGUCUGUCUUUAGCUGAAAAGUCCUUUGUUCUGCAUUUGACUUGUUUGACAAAAACAGUAUUUUCGUUUGCACCUUCUGUUGCUGUAGACUACAUGUGUCUUUUCUAUUUUCUUGUUACUGAUCAUGUCAUGUGUAUACUGAAUACAUCAGUUUAAUUAAAAAAAACAACUUCAUUUCA